GAGGAGGGGCCGUCGGGCCAGCCCGCCACUUGGGCGAGGGAGGGUUCAGGCGCCCGAGCCAGCCUGGGCCGGGGCUUGUCCGUCGGCGAGCGUGGCCGGACCCGGGCGCAGGAGGCGAGGUUAACAUGAAAAAGGGGAAACGCAGUUGGGUGGUAGAGAACGGUGGCAAACUGGUCUUGAUCAACGGGGCAAGCUCCGAUCAUGCUGAGGCCGAAGUGGACUCCCUUUCAGAAGUCCCACGGAAAAGGAAGAAUUCAGAUGAAGCUGACCCUCAGAAAGUAUCCGGCAAAGCAAAAGCCCAGCACAAGAAUAAGGUCCGCAAGGAAUCUGCCUCCUUGUCUCCAGAUGCCAAGGCUGGCCAAGAGAUACAAAUCCGUGGGACUUCUGGGUGGGAGAACAGCUUGCGACAGAGACCCCCUCCCCGGAUAGUCUUCCAGGCCGGACCAGCCACCCAGGAGAAGAAACCCAAAGAUGACGUGGAGAGCGUGGAAGGCUUUAAGGAGCGGCACAGGAUCCGGUAUUCCAAGCGGCUGUCUGUGAGCGCCCAGAUUGACUUAACUGACGACAAUUCCUCAGACUUUUCCGAGAGCGACAGCGGCAGAGGUGGUAGCAUUCCCAAUGGAAUCGAGGAAUACCAGGACGGGAAGAAAUUUAGAAUUGGGGAGCUCGUCUGGGGCAAGAUCAAAGGUUUCUCUUGGUGGCCGGCCAUCAUAGUGUCCUGGAAAGCCACAUCUAAACGCCAGAGCUGCUCCGGCAGCUGGGUGAAAUGGUUUGGGGAUAGAAGGUUUCAGGAAGUCUCAACAGACAGACUGGUUGGCUUGGCGGCGUUCCGGGAGAACUUCAACAGCACGGCCUUCAAUAAGCUCGUGUCUUACCGGCAAGCCAUCCUUCAUGUUUUGGAGGUGGCGAGCAGCCGGACCGGCAAGACUUUCUCGAGCAACGCAGGGGACUCUCUGGAAGAGAAGCUGAAGCCCAUGGUGCAGUGGGCCUUCAAAGGCUUUAAGCCCACCGGAGUCAAAGGGCUGAAGCCACCCAAGACAGCCGUAGAGAACGAAGCGGUCGCGGAAAGCCCCGUGGAAGAGGCUCCCUCACCUGAGCCCGCCCCGCCCCCCAAACGGCUCAAGACCACUGUUUACAACGGUAACAGGGAGCAAGCAGAGGAGCAGCAAAACCAAGAGCGGAUGGUCUCCGAAGUGAGGAACUGCAACAGGAGUCUGGAAGACAGCUGCUUAGCGUGUGGGAAGAAAAACGCGGUGACCUUCCACCCGCUGUUUGAAGGGGGAUUGUGCAGCACCUGCCAGGAUCGGUUUCUGGAGUUCUUCUACAUGUAUGAUGAAGAUGGGUACCAAUCUUACUGCGCGAUUUGCUGUGCGGGGUUCGAGCUCUUGCUCUGCGGCAACGCCAGCUGCUUUCGGUGCUUCUGUGUGGAUUGCUUGGAAGCCCUGGUGGGGCCGGGAUCCUCCGUCACGGCCAAGGAGCAGGAGCCCUGGAGCUGCUACAUGUGUCAGCCUCAGAAGCGCUUCGGUGUCCUGCAGCGGCGCCAUGACUGGAGCACGCGCCUGAACGAGUUCUUCACCAAUGACCAGGAGCAGGAAUAUGAAACACCCAAAAUCUACCCAGCCGUCCCAGCGGCCCAGCGUAGGCCGAUUCGAGUACUCUCGCUCUUUGACGGCAUCGCGACAGGUUAUCUGGUGCUUCGAGAGAUGGGCAUUAAAGUAGACAGAUACGUCGCCUCCGAGAUCUGCGAAGACUCCAUAGCUGUGGGGAGUGUGCGGCACGAAGGAAACAUCCAAUAUGUCCAUGACGUCAGGAACAUAACCAAGAGAAAUAUAGAUGAGUGGGGCCCAUUUGACUUGGUGAUUGGCGGAAGUCCUUGCAACGACCUGUCCAUGGUGAAUCCUGCUCGGAAGGGCUUGUAUGAGGGGACUGGGCGGCUGUUCUUUGAAUUCUAUCACCUUCUCAAUUACUCCCGGCCCAAGGCGGGAGAGGAACGCCCCUUCUUCUGGAUGUUCGAGAACGUCGUCGCCAUGCGGAUGAACGACAAGAGAGACAUCUGUCGCUUCUUGGAGUGCAACCCGGUUAUGGUCGACGCCGUCAAGGUCUCGCCUGCUCACAGAGCACGAUAUUUCUGGGGAAACCUGCCUGGGAUGAACCGGCCUCUGGUAGCGUCCAAGUCGGAUAAACUUGAACUCCAAGACUGCUUAGAGUACAGUAGGACAGCAAAGUUGAAAAAGGUCCAGACGAUCACCACAAAGUCCAAUUCGAUCCGGCAGGGGAAAGCCCAGGCGCUCCCGGUGCGCAUGAACGGCAAGGACGACAACUUGUGGUGUACUGAACUGGAAAGGAUUUUUGGCUUUCCUCGCCACUACACAGAUCUGCACAACAUGGGCCGUGCCUCUCGCCAGAAGCUGCUCGGCAGGUCGUGGAGCGUCCCGGUCAUCCGCCACCUCUUUGCCCCACUCAAGGACUAUUUUGCAUGCGACUAGACGGUGGGGGUUGGGAAGGAGGACUCAGACUUCCCGGGGUGUGUGCGUGCAAAUAAGGCACCAAAUCCACCUUGAAGGCACACAUCCCCAUUGGCUAUAAGAAGACCUGAUGCUUCCUUUGACCCAGCUGUGACUUUUUGAUGGCUCCUCAUGCAGAACUCUGGGUGUUUGCGGGAGCCCCGAAACAUUUUUCCUCAUUCCGUGUUUGUGAAAAGCUGCCCCUCGGUCGCCGCCUCGGUCGCCGCCUUUCUGACUGCGAACAAGAACUCAAACUUGAAAGAGGGAGAAAUUCCUCUGCAUUUGCCUCUGAGCCAAUCCAUGUGUGGGAUUUCGCAUGCAGUAGACAUUGGGAGAAACAUCUCUUUUCUUUUACAAUAUAUUUUUUAAUAUAACGGGAAAAAAAAGUUCUAGAAAACCGGGAGUGAGAUUUGGCUGCUGUUGUUUGGCACUGAAUAAAACAAGCGAGACAGGAAUUUGGCAACAAUUAGAUAAACCAGUUGGAGCAAAAGAAGAAACAAAAGAACUUUCAAGUACAUCCGUGUCUUCAACAAUACAGCCGGGGAUACUUUUAGACUACACUCGUCUGUAGCCGCGAACAAAUGCGUUUUGAACGCAGAAUGCGAUUUCAGGGAUGCUCGAUCCUUCCAGGACCUUUCUUUCGUAUAGACUGUUGAAGGGGCUGGGAGCUGCAUGAAGACACUCGGGAGAUCGUGCGCGGAUUCUCAUCUUUUCGGAGGGCUUUGUGCAGAGGUGGUCUAGGGGCAGGGGGUCGAUGCUCCUGGUCUUGGAGGUCCGGCAAAGGGGAAAGACCCCUUCGCCUCUGCAGAAAAGAAAUCUUACAAAUGUUCAUGUCUCAGUUGGUGUGGGAGCGUCUGUCUCCCGCCCUGUGCCGAAUGCACUGAGUUCCUUGCCGGAAGAACAACCGAGAAAGCAUCCUUGCAAGUCCUGUGCCCUUCACGACUGCUUCUCCCGAAAUUUUUACUCCAGAGGGACUCUUCCUGUUGCUGCUGUUUAAACAGCUAAUAUUACCUGGAUUUUUCUCCCAAUAUUGUUUUCCGGUUUUCUGACUUAUUACGCAGAGGAGAAGACUCCUUGAAAUAGGAUAUAUAUAUAUACCCAGGGAAUUUUUUUAAAAAAUCGUUGUUUUUGUAAGGUAGGGAAAGAUCUUGCCUUUGUAAUUCAGCCAUCCCUCCAUCUUUUUUUACCUUCAACCCUGUGCCAGUGAGCACAAAUGAGGUAGUAUUCGGCCUCUUCGUUUGGUAGUAUAGCCUCCUCACUCUCACCUGUGCAGGUAUCUAUGCAAAAGACCUGGGAUCUAGGUCUUUACUGUUUCUCGACACAGCAUUCACCGGCUCCUUUCCUGUCUCUCUGGCUGCUGUGUCACGUGUUGAGAAAAAAGGGAUUUUUCCCACUCAUGUCAACCUACUGCCUCAACUAGCGCGCGUGUGUGGGGGGGGAAGCGUCUCUCCUGCCGAAGCGUCUCUCCUGCCAACACCUGCGUCUUCAGAGAACGAGUCAAUGCACUGGAAGAAAAGGCAAGCGACAGAGAUUUAAAUGUUCAUCAGAGCUCUCCCAGGGAGUUCUACAGGCAAGGAAGCACAGCAACGCUUGAGUUGCUGCCGUUCACUUAAGUGUGAUUUAAAUGUGAAGCCGGUGGGUGUGGGAGAAAGUCCUUUAAGGUAGGGCUUGGCACAGAGUCGGCAUUCCGUGGGAGCUGUGCUGCAAACACGGCCAAGCGGUCACGCGUAUUUUGUUUGCAUGCUGGAGGCCGUAGCCCAGGGGUGUCCAACUCUGGCGCCCCAGAUGUUCACGGACUACGAUUCCCAUCAGUCCCUGCCAGCAUGGCCAAUUGACCAUGCUGGC